GCCGCCGCGGCUGCCACUCCGCCCCCCGCGCCGCGCGGAGUCCCAGUAAUAACCCCGGCGCGGCGGCGGAGUCGCUGUGGGGAAUCCUCCCGCGCUCUGCCUGGGUCGGGUGCUCCCUGCCCGCUCGCACGCUGCCGGCCGGGGACCUCCGGUGGCCCCUAGCCCCUCGGAGCGCUCCUGGAUGAAGCCCCGCGCGCGCGGAUGGCGGGGCUGCGCGGCGUUGUGGCUGCUGCUGGCGCAGGUGGCCGAACAGGCACCUGCGUGCGCCAUGGGACCCGCAGCGGCAGCGCCUGGGAGCCCCAGCGUCCCGCGUCCUCCUCCACCCGCGGAGCGGCCAGGCUGGAUGGAAAAGGGCGAAUAUGACCUGGUCUCUGCCUACGAGGUUGACCACAGGGGCGAUUACGUGUCCCACGAAAUCAUGCACCAUCAACGGCGGCGAAGAGCAGUGACCAUGUCAGGGGUUGAGUCUCUUCACCUUCGACUGAAAGGCUCCAGGCAUGACUUCCACAUGGAUUUGAGGACUUCCAGCAGCCUGGUGGCUCCCGGCUUUAUUGUGCAGACGUUGGGAAAGACAGGCACUAAGUCUGUGCAGACUUUACCGCCAGAGGACUUCUGUUUCUAUCAAGGCUCUUUGCGAUCUCACAGAAACUCCUCAGUGGCCCUUUCAACCUGCCAAGGCUUGUCAGGCAUGAUACUAACAGAAGAGGCAGAUUACUUCCUAAAGCCACUUCCUUCACACCUCUUGUGGAAACUCAGCAGCGCUGCCCAGGGCAGCUCCCCAUCCCACAUACUGUAUAAGAGAUCCACAGAGCCCCAUGCACCUGGGGCCAGUGAGGUCCUGGUGACCUCCAGGACGUGGGAGCUGGCGCAUCAACCCCUGCACAGCAGUGACCUUCACCUGGGACUGCCACAAAAACAGCAUUUCUGUGGAAGACGCAAGAAAUACAUGCCCCAGCCUCCCAAGGAAGACCUCUUCAUCUUGCCAGAUGAGUAUAAGUCUUGCUUACGGCAUAAGCGCUCUCUUCUGAGGUCCCAUAGAAAUGAAGAACUGAACGUGGAGACCUUGGUGGUAGUUGACAAAAAGAUGAUGCAAAACCAUGGCCAUGAAAAUAUCACGACCUACGUGCUCACGAUACUUAACAUGGUAUCUGCUUUAUUCAAAGAUGGAACAAUAGGAGGAAACAUCAACAUUGCAAUUGUAGGUCUGAUUCUUCUAGAGGAUGAACAGCCAGGGCUGGUGAUAAGUCAUCAUGCAGACCACACCUUAAGUAGCUUCUGCCAGUGGCAGUCUGGAUUGAUGGGGAAAGAUGGGACUCGUCAUGACCACGCCAUCUUACUGACUGGCCUGGAUAUAUGUUCCUGGAAGAAUGAACCCUGUGACACUUUGGGAUUUGCACCCAUAAGUGGAAUGUGUAGUAAAUAUCGCAGCUGCACGAUUAAUGAAGAUACAGGUCUUGGACUGGCCUUCACCAUUGCCCAUGAGUCUGGACACAACUUUGGCAUGAUUCAUGAUGGAGAAGGGAACAUGUGCAAAAAGUCCGAGGGCAACAUCAUGUCCCCUACGUUGGCAGGACGCAAUGGGGUCUUCUCCUGGUCUCCCUGCAGCCGCCAGUAUCUACACAAAUUUCUAAGCACUGCUCAAGCUAUCUGCCUUGCUGAUCAACCAAAGCCUGUGAAGGAAUAUAAGUAUCCCGAGAAAUUGCCAGGAGAACUGUACGAUGCAAACACACAGUGCAAGUGGCAGUUCGGAGAGAAGGCCAAGCUCUGCAUGCUGGACUUUAAAAAGGACAUCUGUAAAGCCCUGUGGUGCCAUCGUAUUGGAAGGAAAUGUGAGACUAAAUUUAUGCCAGCAGCAGAAGGCACUAUUUGUGGGCAUGACAUGUGGUGCCGGGGAGGACAGUGUGUGAAAUAUGGUGAUGAAGGCCCCAAGCCCACCCAUGGCCACUGGUCAGACUGGUCUUCUUGGUCCCCAUGCUCCAGGACCUGCGGAGGGGGAGUGUCUCAUCGGAGUCGCCUCUGCACCAACCCCAAGCCAUCGCAUGGAGGGAAGUUUUGCGAGGGCUCCACUCGCACUCUGAAGCUCUGCAACAGUCAGAAAUGUCCCCGGGACAGUGUUGACUUCCGCGCCGCUCAGUGUGCCGAGCACAACAGCAGACGAUUCAGAGGGCGGCACUACAAGUGGAAGCCUUACACUCAAGUGGAAGAUCAGGACUUAUGCAAACUCUACUGUAUCGCAGAAGGAUUUGAUUUCUUCUUUUCUUUGUCAAAUAAAGUCAAAGAUGGGACUCCAUGCUCGGAGGAUAGCCGUAAUGUUUGUAUAGAUGGGAUAUGUGAGAGAGUUGGAUGUGACAAUGUCCUUGGAUCUGAUGCUGUUGAAGAUGUCUGUGGGGUGUGUAACGGGAAUAACUCAGCCUGCACAAUUCACAGGGGUCUCUACUCCAAGCACCACCACACCAACCAGUAUUAUCACAUGGUCACCAUUCCUUCUGGAGCCCGGAGUAUCCGCAUCUAUGAAAUGAAUGUCUCUACCUCCUACAUUUCUGUGUGCAAUGCCCUCAGAAGGUACUACUUGAAUGGGCACUGGACCGUGGACUGGCCCGGCCGGUACAAAUUUUCAGGCACUACUUUCGACUACAGACGGUCCUAUAAUGAGCCCGAGAACUUAAUUGCUGCUGGACCAACCAACGAAACACUGAUUGUGGAGCUGCUGUUUCAGGGAAGGAACCCGGGUGUUGCCUGGGAAUACUCCAUGCCUCGCUUGGGGGCCGAGAAGCAACCCCCUGCCCAGCCCAGCUACACUUGGGCCAUCGUGCGCUCUGAGUGCUCCGUGUCCUGCGGAGGGGGACAGAUGACUGUGAGGGAGGGCUGCUACAGAGACCUGAAGUUUCAAGUAAAUACAUCUUUCUGCAAUCCCAAGACUCGACCUGUCACGGGGCUGGUGCCUUGCAAAGUGUCCGCCUGUCCUCCCAGCUGGUCCGUGGGGAACUGGAGUGCCUGCAGUCGGACAUGCGGCGGGGGUGCCCAGAGCCGCCCGGUGCAGUGCACACGGCGCGUGCACUAUGACUCAGAGCCAGUCCCAGCCAGCCUGUGCCCACAGCCUGCUCCCUCCACCAGGCAGGCCUGCAACUCUCAGAGCUGCCCACCGGCAUGGAGCACCGGGCCCUGGGCAGAGUGCUCACACACCUGUGGGAAGGGGUGGAGGAAGCGGGCAGUGGCCUGUAAGAGCACCAACCCCUCGGCCAGAGCGCAGCUGCUGCCCGACACUGUCUGCACUUCAGAGCCCAAGCCCAGGAUGCAUGAAGCCUGUCUACUUCAGCGCUGCCACAAGCCCAAAAAGCUGCAGUGGCUGGUGUCCGCCUGGUCCCAGUGCUCUGUGACAUGUGAAAGAGGAACACAGAAAAGAUUCUUAAAAUGUGCUGAAAAGUAUGUUUCCGGAAAGUAUCGAGAGCUGGCCUCAAAGAAGUGCUCGCAUUUGCCGAAGCCCAGCCUGGAGCUGGAACGUGCCUGUGCCCCGUUUCCGUGCCCCAGGCACCCCCCGUUUGCUGCUGCAGGACCCUCGAGGGGCAGCUGGUUUGCCUCACCGUGGUCUCAGUGCACAGCCAGCUGUGGGGGUGGCGUUCAGACGAGGUCCGUGCAGUGCCUGGUGGGGGGCCGGCCGGCCUCAGGCUGCCUCCUGCACCAGAAGCCUUCGGCCUCCCUGGCCUGCAACACUCACUUCUGCCCCAUUGCAGAGAAGAAAGAUGCCUUCUGCAAAGACUACUUCCGCUGGUGCUACCUGGUGCCCCCGCACGGGGUGUGCAGCCACAAGUUCUACGGCAAGCAGUGCUGCAAGACCUGCUCCAAGUCCAACCUGUGAGUCAGGACAGCUUUCCACGGCAGAGAAAGUGGCUGUGUGGCAGGGAAAUUUCCCACCAAUGAGCUGUGCAAUCUGUGUCGGAAUACAUCCAAGGAAGAUCAAAGCCAAAAGAAGAAAACCGUGUUAGGCUCUUUGACCAGGAGUGUAUGUAUGCACGUUUCACCGUGAGCCUGCGUGCAGACCUGUGUCCCCGCACACACAGCCUCUCCUGUUAGGCUGAAAUGUGGCACCCUGGCAGGCACAGCUGUGGCUCGUGAGGCAGAAGGCAGGCUCCACAACGGGAGAGGCAGCUCUCACCCCUGCCUGUACUGCAGCGAAAUCAAGUCAAAAAGACAGGCGGGGCUGAACUUGCUUAAUGUCUGGCGCCUUAUAAAAAGAAGGAAAGGCCAUGAAAUAAGGAACACAUACAAAAUAUCUGCCCCCAAGUUCACCAGCCUCCCCUCCCACUGGGGAGGCCCCUCAAGCCAUCAGGAGUGACCAACUUCCUGAGUGGAGGUCAGGGGAGCUCCAGGAGGCUGCCCAGGCUCCUCCUCCUCCUCUCCAGCUGCUGAGCAUCUCUUACUAGGAACCUGGAGCCACCGCCUGAGCCAGCAUCAUCUCUAGGGCCAGGGGACUGCAUUCUGAUUUGGGACUUUGCCUAUGGAAAUGGGAAAAAUGAAAUUCCUGCUAAGGUGCUUCCAUCUCUUUCAGAUUCAUGCCUUGAAGGAGAGAUUUUUAUAUUGUAUGUUUUAUCUUUCUCAGUUAUUUGCAAGUGAGUGUCCUUUUAAAACCCCAUUUCUUCAUGCUUUUCUUUGUAAAUGACAGAUCGGAAGUAUAGGUUACAUCAAAACCCUACCAUCCUGAGAAGAGUUACGGUUCUGCUAUAGCAGACGUCAGCCACACAGCCGAUGUGACAAUAACCUUAGAGUCCUGUGUUUUGUUUUUGUGUGUUGUGAGAUUUUAAUCUGUUUUUUUUUCUUUUCUUUUCUUUUCUUUUCUUUUGGUGAAUCUGGCCAUUUCUAUAAUGCCAGGUGGGAAGCCAGGCCGCGGGUGUUUGGGUGGGAAUCUGCCGGCGUCUCCGGCACGCCCCCCCCACCCCCACCAUCCUCAGUGCCGCUGCUGUUCUCCUGUCCGGCGCUGUGGCUCCAUUCGGAAGGGGCACCUGGAUAUUUAUAUUUGCUGAAGCUUUAUAAUAAAGUUUAUAUUGUACAGUG